AACAUGCAUAAAACCAAAAAGAAAACUGCAAAAUUACCCAAACCAAUCAAAAUCAAAAAAGAGAAGAACGAUGAAGAUCGAAUGCCCCAAUCAAUGGUACACUAUAUCGAUGAUCGAUUGGAAUUGGUUAAACAAAUCUUUGGAUCGCUUAAACCUAAAACUAUUAUGAAUUUGGCACCGGAAUUUUUAAAGACCCAAAGUUUGGAAGAAAUUGAAGAGGCAUGCCUAAAUGAGUUGUUGUGCAUAUCAACAAAACGUUUAAAAUCUAUAAUACAAGCUACUAAGUGUCCCACAGACACCGAAUCGUCUGAGGAUGAUGAUGUGCAACAUAAGGAAGAACAUGUUUCCCUGGAAGAAAUAUCAUCGGAUAGUGAAAUUGAAGGCGGUACAUCGAAGAAGAGUAAGUUUUAUUAUUUAAAUUUUUUGUUCAUUGUAGAAGAUCAACUUUUUGAACUGCCUAAUUUUGAGUGUAAAAAGAAAAAACUAUCCAAGCCGGAUGAUAAAAAUAAACCAGGAACUAAAACUGAUACACAAAAACCAACAGAAAACAAUGAAGAGGAAGGUCAAAUUAGCGUCUUGGAGCUACUCGAAUUACAGGCCCGUGCGAGGGCUAUACGUUCUCAACUGGCCCUGGAACCUGUUACAAAAAUUGAAGUAGAUUCCGAUGGUGAUGAUGAGCGCGAACGUGAAGAACAAAGUUCAUCGAAAAAGAAUAAAAAGUCUCACAAAAGUGAUAAAAAUGAACGGAAGCGUACCUCCAGCACAAGAGAAUCACAAGAUUCCUCGAAUAAUAUUUCCAGAACAUCCGACAAAGAAACUGAAGCACGCAAAACUAAAAAAGUGAAACUAAAGCGUAACUAUAGAAAUUCUUCAAAUCUUUCGGCAGAAAAUGAUGUUGGCGAAAAGGCAAGUAACAAAGAAAGAACGUCAAGUGAAACGGGAAAUCACAAGAAUGACAAUUCAAACGAAACACAAAAAUCCAGUCGUUCACCAUCACCGGAUGUUAUACCCAUUGUUGCCGAACCUGAAACGUUAUUAAUUGAUGAUUCAACCGAUGAUGAGAAGGAAAAGGAUGGCAAAGAUAAGCAAUCGCAUGAAAAUACAUCUCAAAGUGAAACUCAAUUACCGCCAAAGGAUGGUGCGAAAGAUCGCAAAAUAUCCGAAAUGGAAGAUGGUGAAGUUAAGGAACAUGAUGAUAAUGAUGGCAGGGCUAAAACAUCCACAGAGCAAUCGGAAAAAGCCAGCGAAUCAAAUAAUGCCACAGAAGUCGUCCUUGCAAAUGAUAAUGAUAAAACUAAAAACCUCGCACCAAACAAUGACACCACAAUGACGCAAUCAGAUUCGAACACUGAACCCCCUCAAAAACCUACAAAUGUUACAUCACCCACUGAAGAGGAAUACGAGGAUCAUAAUGAUGAUGUUAUAUCACUGGGCGAAGAUUUGGAGGAUGAAAUGGACGAACAAUUGGAAAAUAUAACAAAAGCUGAUAAUAUUGAGAAAGAUGCCGCCGAGGAGACAUCUUCGAAAUCUAAAAAGAAAAAAUAUGGUGAAGAAGAAAAUCAGUCAUGGCAUGAACGUUAUAUGAAAAGCUCCAAGGUGAGCAAAGUUUUGGCCGCAUCACGUCUGGGCAAGAAGGUACGAGACAAAAUUAAAAAAUCCAAAGAAGCUCCACGUGAAUCUAGCGACAAGACUGAUGAAAAAGAAGAGGUCUUUACAUCUAAACAUGAGGAAGGCUCGCUGGAACAAUAUAAGGAAUUGUUAGAGUUACGUCAACGCAAGUCCAAAUGA